GGGGCCAGCCAGUAGGAUUUGGAAGGUGCGGAAAUAUUCUCUUUUCCAGGGUGCUAGGGCUACCUUCUGCAGCGCUCUGCACCCUUACUGGGUCCGACUUGCUUCGUUCCCAGGUUUUGGCGCCUGUCUCGGAAAAGCGCUUUCUUGCUACACGAUGCCCCCGUUCGGAUUCCUGCACAUGAGGGCUUGGGCUUCACUGUUUGGCCAGCUUCUGCGGUCGCCCCGUGCUGUGUGCAUCAGGGAGGUCCAUUUUCAUAGCCAGUUUGCAGAGGCAGUGUUAACAUCCCAACUGAAACCACAACAAGAGAAAUCAAAUUUUAUCAUCAAGACUCCAAAGGGCACCAGAGAUCUUAGUCCCCAGCAGAUGGUUGUGAGGGAGAAAAUUCUUGAUAUGGUUGUUGGCUGCUUUAAACGUCAUGGAGCAAAGAGGUUAGAUACUCCCGCAUUUGAGCUAAAGGAAAUGCUCACUGAGAAGUAUGGAGAGGACUCUGGGCUCAUCUAUGAUCUGAAGGAUCAGGGUGGAGAGCUGUUGUCCCUGCGCUAUGACCUUACUGUCCCUUUUGCUCGUUAUCUGGCCAUGAAUAAGGUGAAGAAGAUGAAACGUUACCAUGUUGGAAAAGUGUGGCGGCGGGAGAGCCCAACCAUAGUCCAAGGCCGCUACAGGGAGUUCUGCCAGUGUGAUUUUGACAUUGCUGGUCAGUUUGAUCCUAUGAUCCCUGAUGCAGAGUGUUUGAAGAUCAUGUGUGAAAUUCUUAGUGGAUUGCAGCUGGGGGACUUCAUCAUUAAGGUCAAUGAUCGGCGGGUUUUGGAUGGGAUGUUUGCUGUCUGCGGUGUUCCUGAAAGCAAGUUCCAUGCCAUCUGCUCCUCGAUAGACAAACUAGACAAGAUAUCUUGGAAAGAUGUGAGACAUGAGAUGGUGGCAAAGAAAGGCCUGGCUCCUGAAGUGGCUGAUAGAAUUGGGGACUAUGUUCAAUGUCAUGGUGGGGUUUCCUUGAUAGAGCAAAUGUUCCAGGAUCCUAGACUAUCACAGAACAAGCAGGCUCUAGAUGGCUUGGGGGACUUGAAGCUGCUAUUUGAAUACCUGACUUUAUUUGGAAUUGCUGAGAAGAUCUCUUUUGACCUAAGCCUAGCUCGGGGCCUGGACUACUAUACUGGAGUAAUCUAUGAAGCAGUGCUACUACAGACCCCGGCUCAGGCUCAGGAGUCCUUCAAUGUGGGUAGUGUGGCUGCUGGUGGACGCUAUGAUAAGCUGGUGGGCAUGUUUGACCCCAAGGGCCACAAGGUGCCGUGUGUGGGACUCAGUAUUGGGGUAGAGCGAAUCUUCUCUAUUGUGGAGCAGAGGAUGAAGACUUUUGGUCAGAAGAUACGGACUACAGAGACCCAAGUGUUUGUGGCCACACCACAGAAGAACUUUCUUCAUGAACGGUUGAAGCUAAUCGCAGAACUUUGGGAUGCUGGGAUCAAGGCAGAGCUGCUGUAUAAAAACAACCCUAAACUACUAACACAACUGCACUACUGUGAGGACAUGGGCAUUCCACUGGUGGUCAUUAUUGGUGAGCAAGAAAUGAAAGAAGGGAUAAUCAAGCUUCGUUCAGUGGCCAGCAGGGAGGAGGUGGCUAUUAAACGGGAAAAUCUUGUGGCUGAAAUUCAGAAGCGACUAUCUGAAUCUUGACUCUUGCCUGAUUGCCAUCUGCUGCUCUUUCUAGAAAAUGUUUCUUCUAGAACUGAGUUGCUGAUGGACUUCACAACUGCUGGCCAGGAUGGGUGACAAGUUCCUCUGCCUCCUCCAUCCUUUCUGGGUACAGAAGUGUGGAAGGCCCUGAGGACUCCUGGGCUAGUGCAAGCAGCUAUUCUGCAUGGGUGCAGAUGGCUGGUAUGUGAAAGAGACAUGCUCUAACUGCAGAGGCAGAAUUGAAGUGCCAUUGAAUGCUGCCAAUAGAUACUGAGAUGGUUGCUUUUAGCAAAGCUCUAGGAAAGUUGCCUAAGGCUGAGACCAUUGAGACCAAAAGUCAGAAUCUUAGCCUUCUACUGUGGCUUCUGAACCAGAUUCUGGGGAAUUUGUCCACAAUCUGCCCUUGGCCUGCCCAGGGAGUUUUGGAAGACAGCAAAGAAGGGGGAACAGCAACUUUCUCUUUUGUUUGAGGACAGAGAUGCUAUCCUGAGGGCAAAGUAGUGCUCAUACUGAUAUGGCAUGUCUCUAGCCCAUCCACAUAGAGUGAGGCUGUCUGUUUAGUAAUUUUGAAUGUUGAAUUUAAUAGGUGACUUGAUGCAAUGGUCUAAUCUUUUGAGAUUUUGGAGACCAUUUCCUGUGCCAGAAUUACUACUCUGACUAUAUUCCAUAUUCUCCUAUGGAGGUGACCUUUCUAGAAGUGAUUGGAUAAUGUAUUAAAUAAAAUAUUAAAUGAAGUA